GCUGCAGAGAACACCAACACGCCCUGAACACCGCGCAAAGCGGAUUAAGGUCCUGCAGAGAUGGCAGAGGAGGCAGAAGACGAGAUACCCGAGUCUGGAGCAGUUUUCACGUUUGGAAAGAGUAAGUUUGCUGAUGACAUGCCCAGUGUGUUCUGGCUGAAGAACGACGUUCCUGAGAGGAUCGCCUGCGGAGAUGAGCACAGUGCCUUGGUCACAGGAAACGGGAAGCUCUUCAUGUUCGGCAGCAACAACUGGGGCCAGCUGGGCCUGGGCUCCAAGCAGACGGUACAGAAGCCCACCUGUGUCAAAGCACUGAAGGGUGAGAAGGUCCGGCUGGUGGCGUGCGGACGGAACCACACUUUGAUCAGCACCGAGCAGGGACACGUGUUCGCCUGCGGCGGCAACGGAGAAGGCCAGCUGGGUCUGGGCGACUGCGAGGAGCGGACUGCCUUCCAGAGAAUCGGCUUCUUCCAGGCGCAUGGACCAAUCAAGACGCUGGCUGCCGGGUCCAACACCUCCGCCGCCCUGACAGAGGGCGGGAAGCUGUUCAUGUGGGGCGAGAACUCUGAGGGUCAGAUUGGGCUGGGGAAGCGGAGCCAGGCGACCCGGCCGCUGGAGGUCAGCGUGGGCCGGCCGGUCAGCUGGGUGUCCUGCGGGUACUACCACUCCGCUCUGGUGACAGCCGACGGAGCGCUGUUCACCUUCGGGGAGCGGGACAGCGGGAAGCUGGGGCUGCGGCCGGAGCAGCUGGCCGGACAUCGGGUCCCGCAGCGGGUGGAGAGCAUCACGGAGCCGGUGCUGCAGGUGGCCUGUGGCGGCAGCCACACGGUGGCGCUAACAGAUGGCGGCGACGUCUACUCGUUCGGUCUGGGUCAGUUUGGCCAGCUGGGCCUCGGGACGUUUGUGUUCGAGUCGCAGCUGCCGCGUCCUGUCCAGCGCUUCCAGACGGGCCGGCCAACCCGGGUGACCUGUGGGGAGAGCCACACUGCCGUCCUCACAGACACGGGGCUGCUGUACUCAUUUGGCGAUGGCCGGCAUGGGAAGCUGGGCCUGGGCGACCAGAACUUCACCAACCGGUUCCACCCGGCCGUGGUUCCCCGCUUCCUGCCGCUCGCCGUCCAGGCCGCGGCGUGCGGAGGUUGCCACAUGGUGGUUCUGGCCCGGCCCAGAGGACCCGGCUGCUCCGCCAUCACGCUGGAGGACAGCGCAUUCGACUUUCUGAGGGAACCGACCGAUACACUGCAGCGCAGCCUAUCCGCCCGGGUCCGCCGCAGGGAACGGGAACGAUCUCCGGAGAAGUUUGGACCCGCCAGAACCUCAGGCGUCCUACAGAAGCCACAUCCUGCCUCGAGCCAACUGGACCAGAACCAAAUGGACAAGAACCACCGGCCGGUUCUGCUGGCUCUGUCCGAACCGGACCAGAGCCAGCCAAGCCACAGGCUGGUUCUUAACGGGAGCCAGCACUUCGGCCCAGACAGCAUCCUUCAGGGGCAGACAGGGGGCGAUGUGGAGAGCCUGACAGACUGCGACAGCGUGAGAGGACUGGGAGAAACCACUGACUUCCUGAACCUGACUCAUGUGAUGAAGAUGGAUCCUAGCGACAAAACACUCAGCCUGUCUCCACUGUUGAAGAGGAAGGGUAAGCAUGCUCAGCCAAUCAGAGAGCAGAGAAAGGACAGGAAGCUCAUGGUUAGCCGGGCAUUACACGCCCAGUUCCAGAAGGGCGGCGACACUCACUCUCUCUCCGCCCAGCACAAUCAGAACCAGAGGAGGACCAGUCAGAACCAACAGAACCUCUUGUCAUUGGAUCAGAGCAGGUCGGCUCAUAAGAAGAAAGCAGUCAGACAGGCCGGGUCCAAAACCCAGCUGACUGGGACAAAACCAGCUGCAGACUGGGACAAGCAUCCAGAACCCAGAAGGAGCGGUUCUAAGUCCGGUCCACCCAGACCAGAGUCCAAAGCUGAUUUGCUGACCAUAGAGAGCUGUCAGCCAAUCAGUGACGAGAGAAACGCGUCCCGCUCCAAACAAAACCCAGAUUCAUCCAAAAGAUCCAAAAACGAGCGAAACAGGAAGGAAGCUGCAGCCCACAGGAAGUGCUCUGGUGGGGGUGCGCUGACCGGUGCCGCCACCCUGGCAGCAGGGGGCGCUGUUCUAGUCCAGAAGCUGGCCUCCAGGAGCCGGGACAGUGCUCCAAAACCAGAAAGUGACCCAGAAGAGCCUGAAUCUCUGUCUGCUGGGGUCGGCCGCAACUCGGCCGUCAGCAUCAGCGUCAUUCCUGCAUCAGAGAGUCCACAGCAGGAGGAAGAUGAGGAGGAGGAGGAGAAAAAGAAGAAGAAAGAACAGGAGGAAGAAAGGCAGAGAACCAGCUCAGAGGAGGAAGAGGAGACUGGAUCUGCUGCAACCCGACAAGAGGAGGAAGAGCAGGAGGAGGAGGAGAACACAGACAGUGAGACUCCUCAACCAGGAGAUCAGACUGAGGAAGAUGAGAGUGCUGCUGAGGAAGAGGAGGAGGAAGAGGAGGAAACCAGUGGAGCCACAGAGAGUGAAAAUGAGAAAGAAGAAAAAGGAAGCAAAGGAGGAAAUAGGGAGGAGGAAGAGGAAGAGGAAGGGUCGAGUCAGGAUACUCAGAGCAAAGGAGCAGUGACUGAUGAUGAGGAGCAAAGCAGUUUAAAAAGUGAAGAAGAGGAGGAUGACAGUGACACUUUGAAGUCAUCACAGGAAACAGAGGAUGAAACAAGAAAUAAAAGAGAUGGUGAGGAUGAGGAGACAGAGGAAGAGACAGAAACUGAAGAGAAUCAUGAAGAAAGUGAAGACGAGGAAGAGGACGAAGAAGAAGAGGAGGAAAAGGGUGGAGAAGAAGAGGAAGAAAGUGAGGAAAGUGAGGAGAAGGAGAAAAGUGAUGGUGAUGAAGACAAGAAUGAAAGUGAAGAGGAGGAAGAGAGUGGAGAAGAAGAGGAAGAAAGUGAGGAGGAGGAGAAAAGUGAUGGUGAUGAAGACGAGAAUGAAAGUGAAGAGGAGGAAGAGGGUGGAGAAGAAGAGGAAGAAAGUGAGGAGGAGGAGAAAAGUGAUGGUGAUGAAGACGAGAAUGAAAGUGAAGAGGAGGAAGAGGAGGAUGUUGCAAAGAAGAGGAAAGCUUCAGUGAGGAAGCAGCAAAGCAGCAAAUCUGCAGCUGGAGGAAGACGAGGAAGAGGAGUUCUGGGAUGAAGUUUUUCCUGCAAUGAUAUGGACCUGAGGGCUUGCUCCUCCUCUGGAGGUCCAUGGUGUCAGAACCUCUCAGGUUCAACCCCGAGUCGGGUAAAAUAGAGAACUGACGGAGUAGAAACAGGAUUUAUUCUCCCUUUUUAGGGUAAAUUCAGGUAGUAGCAGCCAUAAUCUGCCCCCAUUACAACCAGCAGGAUUUUUGGUUAACAGAAGCUUUUGUUUUUCGUACAUAGGUCCAUAAUCUUUACUCUUACGUUCUGUUUAUGGUUUACAUACGUAUUUGUAAAACUUUAUGGUUCCUUCCUAGAAAUUACACAUUACACACUUUACUUGGCCAAACAUUAAGAAUAUUUAGUAAAACCUUCAGGAUGUUUCAUAAAAUUUUCUGGAUAUUUUCUGAAACUUUCCAGGCGUGAGUCACCUGUUUCGGUAACUUGUAAAUUCUGAGAAAGUUCAAGGCAGCUUCAUUUCAAGUUAAAGAAAGUUGGAUUAUUUUUCAUAAACAUGUCUGUGAUUUCUGUGUUUUCUACCUUCAGAGUCAUAUUUCACAGCUUGAUAUAUAAGUUGUUUUGCUUUUCUUUUUACGUGGUUUGUUUGUGACUUUAUUUAACGUCCAUAUGCUCUUGUUUUCAUUGAGUUUUCUGCUUUUUAAUAACUCGCUGUGACUUUACUCGCUGUGCCAUUUGCUUCCACACUCAUGUUUCUCCCAUGAUGUCGUUCUGUUCAGUUCAUCAUUCUGCUUUCUUUUGCUUUUUUUUAUCUUUUAUUAUUUCCGCUUUGCUUUUCACUUUUUUGUAUCUGGAAUUGCUCUUCUCUGUUUUGUUUGGAAUAAAUUGCUGCGUUCUCGUGUUUUUAACAUGUUUGAGUGAUUAAUAAAUAAAAGCUGUAAGCAGGA